AUGUCUAUCGAGCAUGUCUCAAGCUCAUCUUAUGCCUCAUCAGGCUUCUCAAACCGCAUGGGCUGGGGCACUCGCCCAGCUCUCCUCCUUAUCGACGUUUGCAAAGCCUACUUCGUGCCCUCCAACGUUUCUCCCCUUUCACUCCUCGAUAAUCCUGCCGCGGCCUCAGCUCCCGACUCAAUGCGCCGCCUGGUAUUCGCUGCUAGAGAGGGCAAUGUGCCCGUAAUCUGGAGCCGGGUGGAAUACACAGAGCCUGAUAUGGCUGACGCAGGGCUGUUUUGGAACAAGGCUAAGGUUCUGGAUGUUUGGAAGAGGGGUGAUGAGAGGAGCUUGGCUGGCUUAUUGGAUGGACUGGAACCGGAUGCUAGUGACGUGGUUGUGGUUAAGAAGUUUGCAAGCGCAUUCUUUGGGACGGGGUUAGAUACGAAGUUGAAGGCUCUUGACAUUGACACGCUUGUUAUUUGCGGGGUUAGUACGUCUGGGUGUGUAAGAGCGACAACGCUCGAUUCGAUGCAGCAUGGAUUCAGGCCCAUGGUCGUGGCGUCUGCCUGUGGGGACCGGACACAAGAGAUCCAAAACGCAAAUUUGUUCGACCUUGAUGCAAAGUAUGCGGAUGUCGUGGCAGAAGAGGAUGCGGUUGGGAGGUUGAGAAAAGGAUGGUAG